GAGUGAGUAUUCUUGAAAAGAACCCGAAGAUCUACUGUUUAUCAUUAACAGAAUUUCCUUCAAUCUCUAAUCAACGUAGAGAAUUUUCUUUCCAAUUAACCCUAAUCUCCAAAAUUUUGAUCACCUUUAAUUGUAAUCCAAUUAACUCUCACCAAAAAUGGAGAUCACCAAAAGUCAAAUUGACAAAUUAAUUAUCGCAGGUAAAACCAAAGAGGUUUUCAAGCUAAAAGGUGAUAACAAUUAUGUUUUCGUCUACUCUAAGGAUCGGAUAACUGCAGGUGAUGGUGCUAAAUCUCAUGCGAUGGAGGGCAAAGCUAAAUUGUCAACACAAACAAAUUGUGCCAUCUACGAAUUCAUGACCGCCGCCGGAAUUGAGACUCACUUUGUUUCCAGGGUUGCCGAGGGUUCACCCGAUUGGGAUCGUUCAUUUAUCGCUAAACAAUGUGACAUGAUCCCAAUCGAAUGGGUUUGCAGACGAGUGGCCACUGGUUCGUACCUUAAGCGCCAUCCUAAUGUCAAGGAAGGAUAUCGAUUCGCUCCACCUAAACUCGAAACUUUUUUCAAAGAUGAUGAGAAUCACGAUCCUUUCUGGUCCCUUGAGACAUUGAUCGAAGCUGGUUUGGUCUGUGGUGGCCUUAAAAUCGGUAAAAUUGAAGUUGAAGAGAUGCUUCGAGUAACUCAAACAGUAUUCGAAGUUAUCGAGAGAGUUUGGUCAACAUUAAAUCAUUCGCUUAUCGAUUUGAAGAUCGAAUUUGGUGUUAUUGAAGAAGCAGGUAAAAAGAAGAUUGUUGUUGGCGAUGUAAUCGAUAAUGAUUCAUGGAGACUUUGGCCUGAUGGAGAUAAACGAUUAAUGCUCGAUAAGCAAGUUUAUCGAAAUAUGGACAAUUCAACAAUCGACGAGGACGCAAUUAAAGCGGUUAAAGCGAAAUUUGUCACUGUAGCUGAGCGAACUCAGGCCUUAUUUGGUUCAAUGAUUCCUAAACCUCGUGAAAAGGGUUUACCUUCACCUCCACCGGAAGUUGGAAUCAUUUUAGGAUCAAUGAGUGACAUGGAACACGCAACCAAGAUCAAGAAAACUUUGUCCUCGAAAUAUGGAAUCAAUGAUGUUGAAAUUCACGUUUGUUCAGCUCAUAAAUCAACUGAAGCAACUUUAGCCGUUGUCGCAAGUCUCAUGCAAUGGCCAACAUGUCAAGUCAUUAUCGCUUGCGCUGGAAGGAGCAAUGGCUUAGGUCCAGUAUCUUCGGGUAACACGACGGUUCCCGUGAUCAAUUGUCCACCAAUAUCAGAUUCGGCUACUCUUUCAAAUGACCUUUGGUCUUCAAUGCGAUUACCUUCAGGUGUUGGAUGUUCCACAAUUUUGGGACCAGAAAACGCUGCGUUAGCUGCUGCCCAUAUCAUCGCUAAUCUAAGUCCAUUCACUUGGGCUCGAAUUCGAGCUCAACAAACUUACACAAUCGUCAAGAUGCUCCACGAUGAUGCUUCAAUUGUUGCUUGAAAUCAUUUCUUAUCAGCAAAGAAAAAUACAUUCUAAUAACAAAUUGUACGGGAAAAGGUUCUAUCUAAUAUAAAAAAAUAGUAUUUUUACUUAACAACAAUUAAAUGGUUCCAAUUAAAGACGAAAUGUCCAAGAUUUUAA